ACUAAUAUUAGUGGUUUAACUAAGUUAAAGAUGCAUUGAAUAUGAACAUUAAUUUGUGGUUUAAAAUUGAAGAAAUUCCAAGAAAUCUUGACGUGUCGCAUUUGAGCAUUGACGCUCGGCCGCCAUGUUUGUGCAUUCAAUGUUUUUAAGAGGCUCUAUAGUGUUGAAAAUGGCUGUAUCCUAGUCUUCUCAGUCGUUCAAACAGACAAUUAUGUUGUGGCCGUAUUGUGGUCAGGAUGGUUGUUGGUUCAACUUCUUAUCCAGGGAGGCAAGCACUCCACAAAAUGCAGCCUAUGGGUAUGACGCCCCGAGAAUUGUCCGAUUAUGACGACCUAGCGACAGCUCUCAUAGUGGAUCCUUAUCUUGGUUUUACGACACAUAAAAUGAACAUACGUUAUAGACCUUUGAAAACAAAUAAAGAGGAGUUGAAAAACAUCAUCAAAGAAUUUGUGCAAACCCAAGAUUACAAUAAAGCUUAUUCCCAAUUGGCACGAGGAGAAUGGAUUCCUAGACAUUACAGCAAAAAUAAACAUCAACAAAAUAAAUUGAGAGAGCAUAUCAACCGGUAUUUAAGGGUUUUUGACAAAAAGGCAGGAUUUGUUAUAGAGCCAUGCUAUAGAUAUUCUAUGGAAGGUCGGGUAGGAGCCAAAAUAUCAACCACUAAGAAAUUUUAUAAACAUGAAAGAAUAGAUUUUUUGGUUGGCUGUAUAGCUGAAAUGACAGAGGAAGAAGAGAAGCAGUUAUUACACCCCGGCAAGAAUGAUUUCUCUGUUAUGUACAGUUGCAGGAAAAAUUGUGCUCAGUUAUGGCUGGGCCCUGCAGCUUAUAUAAAUCAUGACUGUAGACCAACUUGUACAUUUGAAGCUACUGAUAGAGGCAAAGCAUUUGUGAGAGUAUUGAGAGAUAUAGAAAUUGGUGAAGAAAUUACAUGUUAUUAUGGUGAAGAUUUUUUUGGAAAUGGUAACUGUUACUGUGAAUGUGAAACUUGUGAGAGGAGAGGACAGGGUGCAUUCUCAGUUCAAAAUAAUCAUGACAAUGAACAAGCUACAAGAUAUAGAUUUAGGGAGACAGAUAAUAGAAUCAAUAGGACAAAAGCGAAACAAACUCAGAAAUCAAUUAAUGGUAAAAAUAUUGAAAAGCCUCGAAUAUCAAGUCGACAAGUUUCUAAUAAUAUUGUGUCUCCCCUGAGUAUGAAGGAGAUGAAACAAAAAGGUUUGACAAAAUAUGAUGCUGAACUUUUAAUAGCCCAAGGGUGUAUAGCUGAUGUUGUUGAUGGGUCAGAACAGAAGGAAACACAAGGAAGUAGAGAAUCAUCAGUAUCCAACAGAAGUGAAAGAAUCCGGAAAACAAGAGAUAGCAAUCAGACAGUAAGUGGAGUAGUACCGCAGUCGGCAACAUCACACACUCGUACAUCAUCAUCUCGGUGUUGUAGUAUUACCAGCUCAAGAAGUAGUAAUGAUUCACAUUCAGGUAUAGUAUUAAGAAGUCAUAAACGACUCCUUGAUUCAUGUUCUCAGCCUGUUUUUGUAAAGUCUAGGAAUUCUAAAGGGACUUCAGACAGUAAGUCAGGAAGGAAUCAUACUGCUCCUAAGACAGAACCUGAUUUGCCGACACUAGAAGAGGAUAAAAACCACAAAUUAGAACCUUGCAAUUCCAAUCUUAUCUGUGAAUCUAACAUUAAUAUUGUAAGCACUUGUAAAUUGGAACCGUUAGACAAUGAUGAUGAAUGUGAUAAUGUAGAAUCUCCACACAGAAAUGAGACAUGUACUCCAGUGAAACUAGAAGUGCUAGAAAAUUCAAAUUCUGUUGACAAAGCUUUAGAAAAAUGUGUGAAUGUUGAAGAAUGUGUAAGUGAUGAUGUGAGUGAUUUUAGAGAAAAUGUAAACCCAGUUGAUUCAAAUGAAAACUCAAAACUUGCUAUUCCAAUUGGGACUGAGGAUAGCAAAAUGGCCUCUGAAUCUGCACCACCAUGGAUACCCGAUAAUUCAAGCAAAAGUAGUGAUUGCCCUUGUACCCCUCCAAGAAGAGGUCUAAAGUUAACACUACGGGUCAAGAGAAGCCCUGUUGUAGAAGAAGUUAUGGAAAAUGGAAAUGUUAAUGAACAGCCGGAAUAUGAAGUAUUACGAUUAGAAGGUGUUGAUCCAGAAACAGCCCGAAGAAUUAAAAAAAGGCGGAGGUCUAAGGAAAGACAUCGAAAGCACAGUCCUAUCCGUCCCCUUCCUCCUAUGAAACGCUUAAGAUUAAUUUUUGGAAAUGAAAGCCGUACUAUUGACAUACCAACAGCACUUACGGUAGACUGACAACCACAACUAUCUUAUUAUUUCCACCGUUUUUAUUCAAUUACUAGUUUAAUUAUUAUUCUGACUAGGUAUAUUGUAUUGUAGUAUUUAUUAUUUGAUGUAAUGUUUGGAUUCAAAUUAGUGUGAUAAUCAUCAAAUUUAUUGAUGCAAAAUUUAUGGUAAGUAUGUAUUUCAAUACAUGGAUCAAAUUAGUUAUAUUACAGGCAGAAUUUGUGUUGAGCUCUACUUUAAUCAAAUGUAUUUUGUGGAAUUUAUGAGCCGAAAUUAUAUAAUUAUAAAAGGUGCAUAAGGAAAUUAAAUACUUCAAAGUUUAGUUUGAUACCAUGUAUAAUUUGACAUUAGGCUGGAUUGAUGUCUAACAUGGCGGGCCAUAUUUUAUUCUAUUUUCAAAAUUUGUGAAGCACUUCAUUCCAUGUUUCAAAUUACACAAAUUGAUCAAAUAUACCAUGUAGUGUAAUUUAGCUAUGUAAAUGCAUGUAUAAUAAAAUAAUUUGUAUGAUAUUACAAAUUAAAUCUUUAAAUUUGUUAUGUGGUUGUAACUCCCUAGUAAAAAUUGAAUUACUCAACUUUCCAAUUAAAAUGCUUGUUUGUUUGGUGACCUAUUUUGGGAUUUUGUAGAAACUGUCUUUUCUGCUGCUGGGCUCAAUAACUUGUGCUCAGAUUAACCGGUAUCUUUGCUGGUUUCAGCACAUGCUCAUCAUAACUUCUGGUACAGUUAUUUAACUCAAUAUUUCCGAAACCAAUUGAAAAAUAUAUUUUCAAACUCUAGCUAAAAUACAUUGUACCAAAUUGAUAAAUAAAAUAAAAAAACAUUGUUGAGAACUAGAGACCCAAUUCAGACAAUGAUCAGCAUUAAGCUAAACUUAUUGCAUCACAUUGCGUGCAUGCAUUGAGUUGAUAAUUGUGAACCCUAUCCUCCCUAAAAUUGACCUUCCACUACCACAUCCAUUGUAACUGUCAGAGAGCUUCACUUUAAUUUAAACUGCUGUUCAAGUUCAUAUUUAGUUCAUUUAAAUUGCAUUUAAGUCUAAGUUUCGGCCUUUUACUUCAUUUAUUCAAUUACCUAAUACUGAAAAAAAUACUAGUUUUGGGUAUUAAUAUUUGCAAUACAUAUUGCAAAUAUUAAUACCAAGUACAUACUUAACCCAAGUACAUACUUGGGUUAACUAGCCCAAGUUUAAAAAUUUUAAUAUUUGCAAAGUGAGUUGAUGUAUUUAUUGUUUCUAGCAUUUUUCCUUGUAGAUUUGUUGUUUGUAACUACUGGGCUGUUGUUUGGGGAGAGGUUUACAAUAACUUUUAUUGUUUUACGAUUUGACAGAUAAGGUUGUUAAAAAUAUAAUUUUUAUACAAACAGUGGAAUUUAUCGCAGAAUUAUUCUCCUGCAGAAUUGUCUACCAAUACAUUCUUUCGAGUGAAAAUAUGUAUAUUAUCUUACCUUAGAACUAUACUGUACAUUCAAUUUUGAAAACAAGGUAGGAGUUACUUAGAAUUAGUUGUUAUUCUUUCACACAAAGUAAUUUGUCAGAAUAAUUUAUUAUUAGUGCUUGAGACGUAUUUGACUUAGGUGAAACACUCUGAAAUUAUCAGUGUCUGUAUUAUUUUAAAAUGAGACAAGUUUCAGUCAUUUUUUUUCAUUAAUAUUCACAAUCAGACCACAUUGAUAGUAAACUAUCUAAUUCAACUAUUCUUGUAUGUUGGAAAUUUAAUGUUUUACAACUUAAGGGUCACAUCAUCAAUAAAAUUGUAAUUGUUGUAGGGUUUGUAAGAUAUGUACAUUUUAGCUAGUGAUAAAAAGACCUAGCUUGUAAAUCAGAUUGCAUUACACAAUUAACCCUUUGAUGUAAUUGUUAAAUGAUUGGAUUAAUUGAAUGCAUUAAAUCACUAGGUAUUUACAGCAAUAGUAAUAAGUAAUUACAUUCAACUGCCUUAACUGUGAUCAUCAAUAAAGAGUUGUUUAAGAUAUUGACGCAAAUGUGUUAUAAUUGAUUUAAAAAGUGUUUCGUGAUCACAGCUGCAAGUAUGUUAUAUAUUAAAAUACCAGACUGACAGUGGUGUUAGUGUUCAGCGUAAUUUAUAAAUAAAUAUAGUAUCAGGCUGA